AUGCCGGGCAUUACGAUCACCACCAAACUUCCACCGCGGACAGCAGAGGCCGGGACAACGCCUCCAUGCCAGGCUUCAGCCUCGUCGCGACAGCAAUCGCCAUCGCGCCCCCAUGUCAGCCCUAUCACUCCGACUCAAGAAUCGACAGAGUUUAUGGGCUCCCGUCCGGCCCACCCCGCCCCAACAACGGCACAGAGCACAUUACCAGACUUUGCGGCCGGCCGGCCAGUCUUCACACACACAACCCAGACCGAUCAAGUCGGCAUGACGCCGCCACCAGCGCAACCCAUCGACUUCGAGUCAAACCCGGACGUGCUCGCUCUCAAGAGCGCGAUAUCAAUAUUACAACUCCAACGCGCCCGCGCGACUGCCGAUGUCCAGUUACUAAGUCGCGCCAAGGACGCGGCGCUUGCCAACCCGGAAGCCUUCACCGCUGACCUGGUAAGCGGGAGGGUGCGCAUGGAAGGCGAUCCCCUAACAUCGGGGAGGAUGCGGAGCGCGAACGGGGGCCCAGCAGAAAACGACUCCGAAUCCGAAUCCGACUCCGACGCCGACUCUCACCCCGCCGACCAAAACGGCGACGGCACCCGCCAGCAGGUCACACCCGAAUCCGAGUUCAAAACCGACAGCCGCACCACCCCGACAUCACCAACAACAACAACAACAACGACGACGAACGGCGCCGAAGGUUCGAACCAAAGAAGCCACCACCCCUCAUCAUCAUCCGCAUCAUCAUUAGCACCAGGAACAGCGUCAGCACCUGCCUGGCAAACCCUUCCCAAGCCCCAGACCGUCGUGCGCUGCCCGCCCAUCAACUGGGCACAAUAUGGCGUGGUGGGCGAGUCGCUCGACAAGCUGCACGCGGAGCAGGUGGCGGCGCCGACGCCCGGCGCGCCCAUGGCCCUGGGCCAGGGCGGGGCCUACGCGUUCAAGGCUGGUGCCGCCGCCGCCGGCGGUGGUGGUGGCGGUGGUGGUGGUGGCGAGCCGGCACGGCGGUUGAACGGGGUCGCGGCGCCAUAUAACCCGAUGAAGGAUAAGGUGGAGAAGAAGGGGAGGGGUGGGAAGCGAUGA